AUUCGUUUUCCGAUGACAAAUUCGAAUUGAUUGUUUGAAGUUUGUUCACUGUUCACUGGGAUUCGAAUUUCGGUUUUUUGUUUGUUUGACAAAAUGCAACAAAUUGAAGAUUAUUAUCGUUAUAGUUUAACUAUCGAUAAUUAUAAAACAUUAACCGAAUAUCAACAACAAAAUCUUCUGGUUGCAUUUCAUGGACGACAAAAUACAUUUCGUAUUUCAAGAGGACGAAGACGAAUGUCAAUCAAUAAUAAUAAUGAUGAUGAUGCAUCAAUAUCACAAUGUAUGACCAAAAUUAAACUAAUUAUCGAUAAUGAAAAUAAGACUGAAAAAAUUGCUCAAGAAUGGUCUACAUUUCAUUAUGGUUCGAAUUUUUUUAGUAUUCAUUCGAAUGAUGAUAAUUUAGUUGCCAAUUUUGAACGACCAUGGAUAUGUUCAUUCGUAUGGACGGAUAAUAGCCGUGAAAAUUUACAAAUAACAAUGUCAAUUAAAUGGCAUUUAACAUCCAUACAGAUUUGUCUGCUAAAUAAUCCAUUAAAUGAUUUAUUAUACAAUAAUAAUAAUAAUAAUACAAAAAAUAAUAAUCAUUUAAAAUAUCAUUUAUCAUCAACACAUCCAACACAUACAUAUCAUCGUUUAAUGCAUCUAGUUUUUGAAACUUAUUAUCUUGAUCCAUGUGGAUCAUGGUCAUUGAUUGAUAAUUAUUCGGAAAAUAUACUUAUACUAUAUUUCAAUUCAUCGAUUAUAUAUGAUCUACGUAAAGGAAUAUUUGAUCAUUCAAUUUUAAAAAAUGAAAUUUAUCAAUUCAAAACAUUUGAUAUGAAUAUAAAAAUGUAUAAUAAUUUACAAAGUUCAUUUUCAUUGAUGAUAUCAACAUUUACAUCAAUGGAAUUGGAACAACUGCCUCAUUGUCGAAAUGCAUUAGAUAGUAAUGGUAAUCAUUAUCCGGAUAGUGUUAAUAUGAUUACAGCAUCGUUUAUAACAAGAAUCAAAACUGGUGUUGAAGCAUGUCGUUUUUUAAAUUCAAAUUAUAAAAAUAUUUUGGCCGAUUAUGUUCAUAUACCGAAUGAUGGAAUUGAAAUUGAAUUUGAAAAAGAAUUUUUACAAUAUCAAGAAAUUAUCGAAAUUGUAAUUGAAAUUGAGAUCACAGAUAAACUAUUUGAUCAUAUGAAUAUCAAGCAUGAUAUUUGUAAAUAUUUAGCCAUACACCCGGAAGAAAGGAUAAAAUUUUUACAAAUUUUAUCAAAUAAAACACGAUUUAAUGAUAAUCUUAUUGAUUAUAAUCAAAUGGCAAAUGAUCCGUUUAUAGUUUCAUUGUUAUAUGUUCCUGAACAACAAAAUACUGUUGAUAAUGAUGAUGAUAAACAAUCAGAAAAAAUUUAUGCAACUAUUGGAUUCCCGUGUACAAAAGCCGAUCUAUUUCGUAUAUUUGAUUAUUCAAGAUAUAGACGUUAUAAUUAUGAUUAUACACCACAUUCAUUGAUUAAUAUUGUUAAUGAUAAACGACCAUUAGAAUUAACAAUCAAUGUAAAAUAUAAAUCAUUUCGUUUUGGUACCAUAUUGAAUGAACAUUAUAAAAAGGUACUUAAAUAUGAAUCCGAUUAUUCAUUAUUCGAUGGUAUUAUUGAUGAUCGUACAUUUAUUCAUGAUCCGAAUGUUGUUUAUCCACCACCAACAAAAAAAUUACGUUCAACAAAUAAUUAUCAUCAUCAAAUUACUGAUCUACCAAAAGUAUUUCGUACACCAUUAAUUUUUCAUCAAAAAUUAAAAAAUGAACAUUAUAUUAUGAUUGAUGGUGAACAAAUUCGUUUUGAAAAUAUCAAUCAAUUAAUAGUGAAACGUAAUAAUCAUUUAUUUCGUUUGAAUUUUGGUACCGAUUAUAUUCGUAAAAGAAAACAACCAAAUUCGGAUAUUUUCCUAUUUAUACAUUAUCCUGAUUGGAAAUUGAUUGGAAAUUAUAUUGAACCAACUAAAUGUGAUAAUGUUUUAUUAUCAGAUGAUGAUGAUGAAUUAAAAUCAUCAAAAGAAGAUAAUAAUCAUCAUAAUCAUUCAUUUACUGCCAUUGGUGAUAAUUUUGACAAACAAAAACAACAACACAAUCUAAUCAAUGAUUCAAUGUCGGUUGUUGAUAUUGUUAACAAAUUUAAUUUUACCUGAGAUGAUUAAUGUCCAUCAACACAGACACACAAGGCCAAAAAAUAUGAUCGAAAUGAAAACCAAACAACAACAAUUCUCGUCUUCCUUGAUAUUUUAUGAAACAAAUCAACAGAUUUUUUUUUCUUUCUUCGUGAUUCAUUUUAUUUUUUCAUGCAUCCAAACCAGAAUUCCAAACACAUUGAAUGAU